AUGCCAUCUGUUCAGAAGAUUUUGUACUUUCUGUCGAGUGCUAUAUUAAUCAUGAUCGGUGUGGCAGUCCUCGGUUAUGGCAUGUCAGCCGAGUGGGCUUCCGCCACCAUGGCCUGUGGUUCUUCAGAGUCUUCUUCGUACGCUGGCUCAGCAACCAUUCAGAUGGGACUGUUCAAAUGUAAUGAAAUCAAGGAAUUUUGUCCCUUCUUUAGUGGUACUGAAGAGGUCCAAGUGUUUCAGAGGUUGGGUAAGAGAGGGGGAGCUGCAGUAGCAUUACAAGCAUUGGUGGUGGUUUUGCUGGUGUUAGCUCUGGUGGCUUCUGCAGGCAGCAUCACUGUCACUCUCUACAACUCUGUCAGUAACCCAUACGAGACCUACAUGGGCCCCAUCGGCCUGUACAUCUGCAGUGGAUUAAGUGCAUGUUCGGCUAUCCUGGCAAUGGUCCUGUACUUGAUUAACAUUCUUGGGAUUAAAUUGGCAAAGGAGAUUAUGCUGGGGGCAUUUGAUGUGAAGCUAAAGGACCAAACUGUGGAAUUUCUGGUCGGUUUCUAUAUGCUGCUGCCAUUUAUUGUGGUCAACAUGCUCGCCAUCCUGCUAGUGUAUAUUUACGCACAUGCAGCUUACACACAGCGCCGAGAGCAGCAGAAACCAACUGAGGACGCACCCAAAGAAAUCAUGAUGUACUGA